UCUCUCGCUGUCUAAGCAGAUGCUUCGUUCCUUUUUUUUCCCUUUUGCAUCGCUGCUUGCUUUAUUUCGUUCCGUUGGCUCUGGCUGACAGGCUGGCUGGGAUGGAGCUCGGGUUCAAGGGUUUGACAUUGCUGCUCAUGCACACUAUUCUAGGCUGGGCUGCCGGCGCUGGGGGGUCGCGCUGUAAGGACAUCUAUCGAGGAUUUUCCGAAUGCCUGCUACGCCUGGGAGACAACAUGAGUCAGUAUGUGGAGCAGGAGCUGGUGGACUCGCAGGAGAUCGACAACGUGUGCGCACACUGGGACGAAUUUCAUGCGUGUGGCAUGGCUGCCAUCUCGGACUGCCAGCUGGAGGUGCAGGGCAUUUGGGAUUCCUUGCGGCAAGAAUCAGAAAAGCUCAACUUCCAGGGCAACCUUUAUGACCUGUGCAGAAAACGAAAGCAGGCCAACCAGGACAAGCUGAUGGGGGGCGCACACAGGACGGGGGUCCCGGUCAGCCUCCUGCUCGGCCUCAUCGUGCCCCUGAACGCCCUGCUUUACUGACUCCUUAGCACUUGAGCGGCAUGUUUUCUCGUAUUUUGUUUUUCGCUCCUCUUGUGAUGGUGUAACACUUUUUCUGUCUCUUUGAGGUAUCUCCUUCACCACAAACGCACUGCCUGUCUGUUAUUUACUGUUAUUGGUAGUCAGUCAUCCACCCACGAGAUGAUUGCCUUCUCACAUUCAUUCACCAGCCCCAUAUGAGUGGCACUCGGCCCAUCGCCCACAUCUCCUGCCAUCACACUGUAUGCUGAACAGUAUCAGUCUGCUUGUCCUCUUGACUUUAACUCAAUAUGGCGCCUUUUAAUUACAUAAGCUGUAGGAGCGUCCAGCACACCUCUCACAGUCAUAAUGGCCACUAAACUGAUUUGAGGGCAACGCAAACACUCAUCAGGUAAACUGUGUUGUUCACUUCCUCCUCAUUCAGACGGUGACAUAUUUUUAUUUAGAUUGUUUCCUUAGUGCAGGGUCAGUCCUGUUUGUAGAAGAUGGCCGCUUGCUGCCCACGUCUGUCCAAUGCGGUCGUCAUCACCUCAGAAGUCUGAACUUUCCAAUGCACGAAACUGGGAUUUGUUUUUCAAUGUGAGGGUACGUUAUAAAGAAUCCAGAAGCUGUUCCCAGCACACACCUGUGCCAUGCUGCCGUCAUAAUAAAUCGUUUUAUAAAGUUGGUGGGCACCAAAGCAAUACUGGGCAGAAGGUGAGAGCGAGAUGCCAACCCAUCACAGGGCACAGCAGCUCAAGCGCCCCCCUCUGCCUCACUCAUACCAGCCCAGUGUGGGGGUCUUCAUUUAUACAGCGUUUGUAAUAAUCUCAAAUUCAACCCUGCCGAUGUGUUCAAAUGGGCCAAAUUUACAAAAUAGAAGUAAGAUUUUUUUUUUCCACCUAAAAUGAAUCAAAAUCCUUCACUGAUCCAUAUUGCUUUAGUGAGAACAAUUUUUAUUUGAUUUCAGAGAAAGGAAGAGGAUAGCAAAGGCAGACAUUUUCAUAUAUAAAUUUGUACCCUUCCCUUCACCCAGUGCCCACCACCCUGAUCCAUCCAUCUUCUGAUCUGCGUAUCCAGUUCAGGGUCUCUUGAAGCCAAAGCCCAUCCCAGUCACAUCAGGCCCAAGAUGGCAUGCCAGUCCAUCACUUGGCACACUCACGCAAGUUUGAGUCGCCAGUUAACAUCUGGGCACACACCACGAUGAGGCCACAAAGACACCGGGAGAAUGGGCAGACUUUGAUUUGAACCCAGGACUGUGAGGCAGCCGCACUAACCAUUGCAUCGCCAUUACGUGUUUCUUCAUGGUGUCUUACAUAUUCAUUUUAUUUUUUUGUAUGCCCAUCUGUUUCUAUUCCGGGGCCGCAUGAAUCUGGACAGACCUAUGAGAGCUGCAGUGGGCAUAGCAGAACACCAGUACACACGUCACAGUGGGCAUUAAGGGCAAAGUGGGCAUGGAAUGGAUUUAGUCAGAAUUACAAUAGAGAAUAUAAAAAGUUAUUAACUUUCCCUGCAGUUGUAACGCCUCCACACAGAUGAGCGAAUGUUCUCAGCUAUCGUAGUCCGCCAUCACAUCGUACAUUACCGGCUCUCGUUAUAUCUUUAUAUUGUCACUACGCCUCCCUCUACCCUCAUCAUAUGUCGUCCCAAUGUUACGCUUUAUUUUUAGGGCCCUAGUAUUUAAUAUUAUCCCUGGGCCCGACUCUUAAAACCUUUUUAGAAUUUGAACUCUCAUUUUUAUCCAUUAUUAUAAGUACUUCGUGUGAGCGGACAUAAGAAAUACAAACAUACCUUGAAUACUUUACCAUAUACUGUAAUUACCUUAAUCUAUACCAGUGAUGAUUGUUAACCUUUAUGAAGUCAUGGACCCCUUUAAGGAUCUGAUGAAAGCUGUGGACCUCGUGCCCCAGCAAUAUUCACAUAAACACAAUGAAUAUCAUGUACUUUAUUUAUCGAGAUGUCUCAUAUAUAUAUAUGACAUACACAAAGUAUAAUUAAACUUUAAACAAACACUCCUUUUUAUAUGAUAAUUAUGAAAUACAAUCCUGUUGUGCAAAUUAAAACAGACCUGCUACUACGUUUUCUACUACCAUUACUGCUCUAAAUCAACAGUACCAGCCUAUAUAGUGAAUAUAAAUGUUCAUUUUUAUCUGAACCUCACGGACCCCGUGAAACCCAUCUAAGGACCCCCUAGGGGUCCACAAACCUCAGGUUAAGAACCCCUGAUCUUUAAAUUAACAUAUACUUAAAUAUAUUUAGCUGUAAUUUUACAAAUCUAAUUUCUUCAUUUGAAGUAGAGGUGGGGGCGGCACGGUGGUGCAGUGGGUAGCACUG